AUGAAACCAACCCUCAUCCUCAAACUUGACCUCCUCCUCCCGACCAAACUCCUCGACCAUCCACCCCCCACCCCAUCUCGCCUCCUCACCGUCCCCGGGGUGCACAACAUCCGAGACCUCGGCGGUCUACCAACCCGUCAUGGGCGCAUAAAGCACUCAAAGCUCUUCCGCAGCGCCCAGCCAGGAAGCAUCACCCCCGCCGGAGCAGAUGUCUUGCGCAAACUCGGUAUCUCGACUAUCUUCGACCUCCGAUCCACAGGGGAGAGCGAUACGCAUGAUUCCUCGAUGAGGGUGACGGAGGUCGCGGGGAUAAGGAGGGUCGCAGCGCCUGUGUUUUCAUCUCGGGGUGUCGCUCAGGGUGCAGGCAAGAGCACGAAGUCGAGGUGUGAGAGUUAUGCGAUGGGGGAGAUUGGCUUCAGAAAAGAAUACCGCGACAUCCUAACCGCCGGCGGGGACGCGUUCCGUCCUAUCCUGCUCCAUCUCCGCGAUGGCUACUCGGGCUGCUUGUUCCACUGUACCCUGGGGCGAGACAGGACGGGGAUCCUGGCGGCCGUGAUAUUGACUCUUGUGGGCGUGGACGAUGCGACGAUUGAGAUGGAUUACUGUCUGUCGGAACAGGGUCUGAAGGACUGGAGACCUGCGUUGGAGGGGAUUCUGUGGAGGAAGGAGCCGGGGGUGUUUGGGGUGGAGGAGGUGAGGAAUAUUUUUAGUGUUAGUGCUGAUCAGGUUCAGGGAAUCGAGUCUGAGAGCGACGUUGGAGUUUAUGAGGUGUAG